UCUAGACAAUGAAAAAAACUUGUUCCUCUCUGCCGGUGCAGUGUACUUCCUGCGCUCUGCUGAACUCUGUUGUAUAGCACUUUGAGUUCAGACUGACAUCUUUAAAGAUAUGGAUUUAUCUAUCAUUGGGACAACUUAUAAACUUGUUUUUAUGGGCAUUAUACUGGGAACGUAUGGGGUGACUAUAAAUCAUGAUGUGUCAAAAACUGCUGUCGAGGGAGAAAACAUCAGUCUGCCUUGCACUGUGGAAGAGCUGGAUAUUAUCAACAACAAAAUUCACAUUAUCCAGAUGGAGUGGAUUAAACGGCACCAGGGGAUAGAUGAGAAGAUCGCAGUAUUUCAUCCCGAUUUCCCAACACAAUAUUUUAAAAACGAUUCUAUUGUGGAGGGAAGGAAGAGUUCAUCAGGAAAACUAAAGGGGACUGUCUUGAACCUGUUUAAAGUGACAGUGAACGACAGUGGCAACUAUAUUUGUGAAAUGACCUCUUAUCCUCAUGGCUCGAUUAGAAAUGUCACAAAGGUGACCAUCACAGAGCCGAGAGUAUCACUGAAGAUGAUUUCUCCAUAUGGGUUUGUUAAAGAGGGAGAUGAAGUGAAAAUAAGAUGUUCUACUAGACGUCCGCCACUCCGUUUUGAUCUUAGAAGGUCAAAGAUUGAAUCAGUUUUGCUGGAGAGCUUGACCGGAGAGUUCAUUUUACCAAACGUCACCAGAAACAACAGUGAUCUAUAUGUGUGUUUCCCUGUAUGGGAAUCAUCGGGCCAACAUCAGCAAGGUUUUAACUCCAGCUUGGAACUGACUGUGAACUUUCUUGACAAAGCUGAGUGUAACACAAGCAGUCCUUUGAGAGUCACGGUUGGUGAAGAUGUGGUGAUUUCUUGUAAGACAGAAGCUUCUCAGCCCUUGCUGUAUAAGUGGAUGAAGGGUAACACGACGGUCUCCUCCUCUGACACUCUGUCUCUGAGUUCGGUGACUUCAAAUCAAUCAGGAAUAUACAAACUGACAGCUGCCUUUUACAACAACCAACUCUGGACAGACACUGAGUUUUCCAUCCAUGUUCUUCCAGAGAUGAGCAAAGGGUUUACAACCGAAACAACAUCUUCAGUGAGAAGCUUCAGCACUUUGAAUCCGAUUUUCAGUCAAACCACCGAACCCCACAGAAUCUUUACUUCUGUUGAGACCAGUUCAGUACCGACCACCAUGACAACAUCAGAAUCCAGUCAUUUUCUCACGAGCACAGCACAACCAAAUGCUACUAUGACAGCUGAACACAGACUCACCAGUGGCAAUAGUCUUCUAAACAACAGCACUCCUGCGCCCCCUGCUGGCAAUGCAUCUACAUUACAUCCAUAUUUUGUAAACCCUAGUAACACCUCUCUUAGUUUCAAUCUGAGCACAACUGCAACUUCAAAGACCGGAAGCAAACUUAGUACCUUUGUAGUAACAAGUAAAGGCACCAUUAUCUAUACCACUGACACCACUGUGACAAUUGAAAAAGUCUCAAACAGAGCAACAUAUAUUGUUAUCCCAAUACUGUUGCUGUUGCUGAUUUUAAUUGUGCUCCUGUACAGAAGACACCUCGCCCAGAAAAAAAUGAAUAUGCCACCUUCAUUCAAGCCUCCUCCUCCACCAAUGAAGUACACAUCAGUGAGGAACCAUGAUGUGCACAUGACUGAUAUUCUAGUGUGAAACAAUCAUGAAUUUUAGCGCCACCCACAGGCGAUGAGCGACAAUUACAGACUGUUUUAUACUGGAAGAUUUUAUGUUGGAUAUUUGAUUCAUGUAAUUUACUGGAAUUAUUUUCGUGGUCGUUUUUGUGGAAGUGUUUUUAGGUUGUACAUAAAACUGUUACAUUUUUUUAAUUGACUUUUCUACUUUUCUUUUGGUAUAAUUGUAAAUAAGUAAAUUUGCAAAUAAAUAAAUCACAAUUAUUUGUCAAACGUUGAAGAAAACUUGAGUAAAACUCUUAAAGAAUGUAAAACUAACUUUUUAUCUUUGUUUCGAUACAAAACUAACAUUUUAUUUA